AUGCCUUAUCACUGGUACACAGACCAACGCUUUGCCCUCUUCAUCAUGUGCCUGGUCAUCAUCUUACCACUGUCCAUCCCAAAAGAAAUUGGCAUCCAAAAAUACACCAGUGUGCUUGGGACGCUGGCUGCUACAUACCUCUGUGUCGCAGUGAUUGUAAAAUAUUACUUGAUGGAGAGCCAUGCUGUCAUCAUAACUCCAGAGCACACUGAAGGAGUGGGCUCCUGGGCAUCAAUGUUCAGCGUUGUACCAACUAUUUGCUUUGGUUUUCAGUGUCAUGAGGCCUGUAUAGCCAUCUACAGCAGUAUGGAGAACCAGAAGAUUUCCCACUGGGUCGGCAUCUCUGUGGUGUCCAUGUUCUUCUGUUUACUCAUUUACACUUUGACUGGCGUGUAUGGCUUCAUGACGUUCGGGCGAGACGUCGCUUCUGACAUUCUCAUGUCGUAUCCUGGAAAUGAUGUAGUCAUGAUUAUCUCACGGCUGCUUUUCGGCAUAUCAAUCAUCACUAUAUACCCAAUCAUUCUUCUAUUGGGCAGAUCAGUCCUUCUGAAUCAGAUGCUGAGGCUCAGGCGGCGCAGUCAUGGAAUUGUUAGCAGUUCGUUUGAAAGCCGCUGUCGGGUCGCCCUGACUGUUGUGUGGAUCACCAUCACGCUCUUCAUUGCUAUGUUUGUCCCUGACAUGGGUGAAGUUAUCAGUGUGAUUGGAGGAAUCAGUGCUUUUUUCAUCUUUAUCUUUCCUGGCCUCUGCCUUGUUUUUAUUAUGCAAGGAGACCAAGUGUCUUGCAGAUUCAAUGGCGUUCUCACAGUUUGGGGAAUCAUAACCAUUGUCGUUGGAACCUUCAUUUUUGGACAGAGCACAACCAUUGCAAUAAUGGACCUCAUCGACAAAUUUUAA